CCACAGAAACAAGCAAAUACAAAUGACUGAGGCAAGUGCUUCGGUUCGCCUCAAACUGGCUGCAGCCUUGCCUUAGCAUGCAAAAGUGGAGUGGUUUAUAACGGAACGGAGCAGGAAUCGCAAAUAUUACAAACGUAAGAGAUGGAAUUUUGUUACUUCAGUGUUAUGUUGCCUGUUUAUGAUUAAUACUCGCCUACCCACCCCCCUCCUCCCCCUUUUCUUUUGGGUAAAAAAAAAAUGCAGAAGGAAGAAAAGCCGGCAGGGCAAGCAAACCCCCCCACCUCCCCUACUCCUAAGCUCAAGGUCUGGAUCCACCACUGAAAAAGAUGUGAGAGUUUAUGUCCCUGGGGGUUUUAUCAGAGGAAGAUCAGAGAGAGUGGGCUAGAUGAGCCCUCAGUUCUUUGGUCCAGUGGCCUUUAAAUGAGUGGUCGCUCAGCCACACUCAACAUGGCGGACGGAGAGUAGCGCUGUGUUAUCUGCAUUAUGUACUUCAUGAGAUUUUUUGGCAAUGGAUAGCGGAAUUGGAGAGAAAGAGGCAAAGUCUACCGGAGCGAUUAUAACUGUGCGUCUGAUAAGGUCGUUUGAAUACAGAAAUAUCAAGUAUGUCGUCUUCAAAGACGUGCCAUUAGAGCAAACGGUCCAACAUUUUAUGAACUUUGUAAUUUCAGAGAUAAAGAAAAGACCUGAUGUACCUCCUCCUUUCAGGAACUUCGCAUAUGACACAAUGAAAAUUCAGCAUAAAGCACAUGGUGCCAAGACAAGUAAUCCAGUCAUUGUCCUAGAAGAUGAUCAGAAACUCAUUUUAACACCAGAUCACAGUCUUUCUGAUAGUGGAAUUGAAAAUGAAACAGAAAUCUCUUUUUUCAAGAAAGAAGAUUAUGAAAGAUACAAGGCUAAUCCAGAGAUGAAGUGGUAGAAAAUAUAAAUGAACUGUAUGUCGUUUCAGUGACCCUCCUAAGCUGAAAUACGAGAAAAUUUGCAUUUCUAACUGACAAACUAUGAUACUAUUAAUCACUUCUGAAGUGCAGUAAUCUUGUUAAGCAUGUCUUACUAGGCCUGCUGUUUUUGACAGUAAAAAAUGUCAUUAAACCAGAAAAGAUAAAAAAACACUUAGGAAUAAAUAUUACUGUCAGGGA